AUGGCUGAGACUAAGGGGAAAUUCGAUUUCGCCAUCGACCGCGGGGGCACCUUCACAGAUGUGUUCGCCCGGCUGCCCGAUGGCCGCGAGAGGGUCCUGAAACUGCUCUCCAGGGACCCUCAGAACUACAAAGACGCUCCUACGGAGGGGAUCCGCAGAAUCUUAGAGGAGGAAACGGGGAAAGCGUUCCCCCGAGAGCAGCCCGUAGACACCUCCCUCAUUGGCUGGAUCAGAAUGGGCACCACAGUGGCGACCAACGCGCUGCUGGAGAGAGAAGGAGAGCGGACGGCGCUCCUGGUCACGAAGGGAUUCAAGGACCUGCUGCACAUCGGCACGCAGGCCCGGCCCCGGCUGUUCGACCUGGAGGUCGCCAUGCCGGAUGUGCUGUACGAGGAGGUGAUAGAGGUGGACGAACGAGUCGUCCUUAAGCAAGAGGACUGCGAGCUGCCCGCGAAACAUCCCAAACAUUUGGUGAAAGGCCGGACUCUGGAAUCUUUGGAGGUGUGGAAGGGCCUUGACCUGGAGCAAGUGGAAAAAGACCUAAGAGGAGUUUUGUCCCGCGGUAUCACCAGUCUGGCAGUCCUCCUGCUGCACUCCUACACGUGGUCCGUGCACGAGGAGGCGGUGGGCUCCCUGGCGCGGCGUCUGGGCUUCUCCCAGGUGUCUCUGUCCAGCGAGGUCAUGCCCAUGGUGCGGGCGGUCCCGCGCGGCUACACCGUCUGCGCCGACGCCUACCUCACCCCCAAAAUCCAUCAGUACCUGAAAGGAUUCACCUCCGGGUUCCAGGGGGCCCUGAAAGAUGUGGACGUCUUGUUCAUGCAGUCAGACGGAGGUCUGACCCCCAUGGAGCAGUUCUGCGGUUCCCGGGCCGUGCUGUCCGGCCCAGCGGGCGGCGUGGUGGGAUACGCCAUCACCUCCUACAGCCAGACGGAGAAGAAGCCCGUAAUUGGCUUUGACAUGGGCGGAACCUCCACGGACGUGAGCCGAUAUGCGGGCCAGUAUGAGCACGUGUUCGAGGCCACCACGGCCGGGGUCACGCUGCAGGCGCCCCAACUGGACAUCAACACCGUGGCGGCGGGAGGAGGAUCUCGACUGUUUUUCAGAUCGGGGAUGUUCGUUGUUGGACCAGAGUCGGCAGGUGCUCAUCCAGGACCGGCCUGCUACAGAAAAGGUGGCCCCCUGACUGUGACCGAUGCUAACCUGGCCCUGGGACGGCUCCUUCCCUCCUUCUUCCCGAAAAUCUUCGGGCCGGCGGAGAACGAGCCCCUGUCCCUGGAUGACACCAUGAAGCAUUUUCGGCAGCUGACCGGGGAGAUCAACAGCUUCCUGUCUUCUAACCCAUCCCAGGCAGGGCAAAACGGGGCCAACAACUCACAGAACAGCCAAUCCAAGAUGAGCGUGGAGGAGGUUGCUAUGGGAUUCAUUCGCGUCGCCAAUGAGGCCAUGUGCCGGCCAAUCAGAGCUCUGACACAGGCCAAAGGUCACGACACCUCCCAGCAUGUGCUGGCGUGUUUCGGGGGGGCGGGCGGCCAGCACGCCUGCGCCAUCGCCCGAGCCCUGGGGAUGAAGACCGUCUUCAUACACAAGUACAGCGGCGUCCUGUCGGCCUACGGCCUGGCCCUGGCGGACGUGGUGGAGGAGGUGCAGGAGCCCUGCUCGCUGCGCUACCAGCAGCAGUGCUUCGGCGCGCUGGACCGCAGCGUGGAUCUGCUGUCCACACGCUGCCGCGACACGCUCCGCGCCCGGGGCUUCUCCAGCGGUCAGAUAACCACCGAGGUUUUCCUCCACCUGCGCUACGAAGGCACCGACUGCGCUCUCAUGGUGGCUGCUGACGGUUACCCCGGCAACGCCCAGUCCUGUCGAGCGGGCGACUUCCGCAGUGCCUUCACCAAACGUUAUCUGAAGGAGUUCGGUUUCACCAUCCCAGACAGAGCCAUUAUGGUGGAUGACAUCAGAGUGAGGGGCUGUGGAAAAUCUGGCAUCAAGUCAGUUCAUAAACCAAGAGUGGCCCACAAACAAGCCAAACCGGUCAAGAUGACUAAGUGUUACUUUGAGGGGGGUUACCUGGACACCAGUGUGUAUCUAUGGGAGGAGCUGCCGUGUGGUCAGAGCGUCCAGGGACCGGCCAUCAUCAUUGACAAAAACAGCACCAUCCUGGUGGAGCCGUGCUGUGAGGCCCGUCUGACAGAAGGGGGCGACGUGUGCAUGGCUGUGGGAUCUGACCCUCAUGUGGCGCUGGGCACUGAGCUCAACACCGUGCAGCUGUCCAUCUUCUCCCACCGCUUCAUGAGCAUCGCAGAGCAGAUGGGCAGAGUCCUCCAGAGAACGUCCAUCUCCACAAACAUCAAGGAGCGUCUGGACUUCUCCUGUGCUGUGUUCGGGCCGGACGGGGGUCUGGUGUCCAACGCGCCCCACAUUCCCGUCCACCUGGGGGCCAUGCAGGAAACUGUGCAGUACCAGAUCCGAUCGCAGGGGACCAAGCUGAGAGAGGGGGACGUGAUUCUGAGUAACCACCCGUGUGCGGGCGGCAGCCACCUCCCAGAUCUCACCGUCAUCACACCGGUGUUUAGAAAAGGAGUCAGCAGUCCUGUGUUCUUCGUGGCCAGCAGGGGGCACCACGCCGACAUCGGAGGCAUCACUCCAGGCUCCAUGCCCCCCCACUCCACCUCCCUUGAGCAGGAGGGGGCAGUCUUUAUUUCCUUUAAGCUAGUCACUGGAGGGGUCUUCCAGGAAGAAGCUGUUACUGAAGCCCUGAUGGCUCCGGCCCAGUACCCGGGCUGCUCUGGGACUCGUAAUCUCCAUGACAACCUGUCAGACCUGCGGGCUCAGGUGGCAGCCAAUCAGAGAGGCAGCCAGCUGGUGGGAGAGCUGAUUGACAGCUAUGGUCUCUCGGUGGUUCAGGCGUACAUGGGAUACAUCCAGAGUAACGCUGAGCUGGCGGUGAGGGACAUGCUGAGAGACUUUGCACGCCGCCGCCGCCAACACACCGGCUCCUUAGAGGUGGAGUCAGAGGAUUUUAUGGAUGACGGGACGCCAAUCAGACUGCGGGUUCAGAUAAAUGAAGAAGAGGGCAGUGCGGUGUUUGACUUCACAGGCACCGGGACAGAAGUGUGGGGGAACUGCAACGCUCCCAGGGCCAUCACCCUGUCCGCCCUCAUCUACUGCCUGCGCUGCAUGGUGGGACAGGACAUUCCCCUCAAUCAGGGCUGUCUCACGCCCAUCAAAGUCAUCAUCCCCCCCGGCUCCAUCCUCCAACCUUCCCAGAAUGCAGCUGUUGUCGGGGGUAACGUCCUCACAUCUCAGAGAGUGGUGGAUGUCAUUUUUAAGGCUUUUGAGGUGUGCGCUGCCUCACAGGGCUGCAUGAACAACAUCUCCUUCGGCAGCGAUAAGGUGGGGUAUUAUGAGACCGUAGCCGGGGGGGCCGGGGCCGGGCCCGGCUGGAACGGGCGGAGCGGAGUACACAGUCACAUGACCAACACUCGCAUCACCGACCCGGAGAUCCUGGAAAAGAGGUAUCCGGUGAUUUUGGAGCACUUUUCCCUGCGUCCUGGUUCAGGGGGAACAGGGGAGUACCGCGGUGGAGACGGCGUGAUCCGGAAACUCCUGUUCAGGAACAAGGUUGUUCUGUCCGUGCUGACCGAGAGGCGGUCCAGCCGCCCUUACGGCCUCAAAGGGGGUGAGAAUGGAGCGGCAGGGUUGAACAUGCUCCGCAGAGCUGACGGCCGGACGAUCAACCUGGGAGCCAAGACCAGUGUCAGCCUUCAGCCGGGGGACAUGUUCUGCCUCUACACCCCUGGGGGAGGUGGAUAUGGGAAAGGGGAUGAGGCAAGCAUUACACCUCAGAGCAAGCGAAGGCGCUUGAAUGAGACGUUCCCAGAAAGGGGGAGUGUCUUUGAAUACCGAAUGGCCCAAGAAGGAGUCUAAAGGGGAAAAACUAGAAAGAUUUUCGGUCGGCAGUCAGGAUUUCUGGCAGAAUGGGAACCGGGCUUUUUUGUCCACGAUGCAAGAGUUCACUGAUUAAACACGAACCAAUGAAAGCAAAAGUUUAAGCUUCAUACUGUAUGAAUCAAAGAGAGCACAUAGUAGAAGUAAGAGGAGAACAUCUUAAGCCUACACGUAGGCUGGCAACAGCUUUAGUUUUUAUGCCAGCUCAACUAGAAAAAGCUGUCUCAUUUGUACUCUUUUGCUCUGUCUGUUACAGUCUGAGUUACAAAGAGCAGAUAAUGCAACAUAUUUUUCCAUCUGACUGCUUAGAUUAGCAGAGAUAGAUUAGAUUUUGUUGAAUCUAGUAUUCCAUGUUAGUUUAAAUAUCAAUUUUUAUAAAAACUUAAAAAGUUUUAGAAUCCCAUUUAGAUCAUACAUAUUACACUGUAAAUAGAAACCCCAGAUUUGCCAUAUUAGGUAACAUAGGGCUCUGGAAUCCUCUUUUUUUCAAUUUUAUCACAAAAAAUAUUACAAAAACACAAAAGCUACUUGAAUUGUCUGAAGGAAAAGCCUCUAUUCCAUUUAAUCCUCUUAUGGAGUAUGAGGUGAAGUAGUUUGAGCUCUUGAUAAAGAACAUAUCAACUUGUUUCUAAAAACCUCACAUGGCUCAUUUGCAUCUGUAAGCGUAGUAACUGAAUAAAGCUGGAAAACUAACAAA